UCUUCUCCUUCCAUUUUUGGUUUCUUCUUCUAUCGUACGUGCACGCACCCAUGGUAUUGAGUGCCUUUUUUUUAAGCCUCCCUUUUCUUCAACGCAUUACGGAGUACCUACUAUGUAGUUGCUCAGGUUCCGGCGUGCCCUUCCUUGAUGGGCCGGCCCCGGCAAUGACAACAUCAUUGUCGCACGACAUAUUCCCUCCCCCCCAAUCCCACGGCCCCGAGGCUGACAAAAAUCAAAAUGGCCACUUGCUCAGUCAUACUCUUGAAGCUUUUUGCUUCGCUGUCAGCAGGGCCGGAGUGUGGCGCGGGUGCCCCCGCCAAGCCCAAUCCGAACUCGCUGCCCCCCUCCCCUUUUUGGCACAGGCCCUUUUUGGCACAGUGCUGGGAUGGCAGACAGACAUCGUCAUCUCUGAACACGGAUCAAACAAGAGGCUGCGACAGGGCAGCUUAUAUGCCCUUGGAUUGCCUGCUCUGCUCUGCAGUUGGUCUGUCCCAAGACCUUGUCAAACUACCUUAACUAUUACUUAGGCUUUGCUGGUGUUCGUUUCGGGGUUUAGAAACUGGCCAGCACCAAAAUCCA